AUGGCUGAAGCUUUACCAGAUAUUUCUCCAACAUGCUUUAUAGCUGAAGAUGAAGAUUCCGAUGAAUGGGACGAAAUGGAACCGCCUGGAGAACAAACGACUUGUCUCUUUUGUUCUUUACAAUUUCACACUAUUGCAGUUGCUUUGGAUCAUUGUCGUACCGCUCAUAAUUUUGACUUACUUGCAUUAAAAAACAAGUAUAAUAUGGAUUGCUAUUCGUAUAUUAAAAUGAUCAACUACAUCAGGUUACAAAAGCCUGAUCCAACAGUCCUUUUAAAUUCUACAAUUGCACUAUGGGAUGAUGAUUGUUACCUUAAACCAGGAGAAAUGGAACCUUGGUUAAUGUAUGAUUUUGAUGAUCUGGGAAGUGCUCCUUCAACUCCACAUUAUGCAGUUGAUGGAAAAACCCCGAUAAGCAACUUAAACUUUGCUGAAUUGCAACAGCAUAUACAUAAUCUCAAUUUGCAACUAAAACAGAGGGACAUGCUAAUUGAGAGCUACCAAAAGGAUAUGGAUAAAAUGAAACAAAUAACCAGGACUCUAGUUGACACGGCAGAUUCUAAAACGAAAGAAUUUUCCUUAGAUAAUAAACCUUUAGUAACAGAUAGUACAGAUUACUUUAAUUCCUAUGCACAUUUUAGUAUUCACUAUGAUAUGUUAAAUGACAAAGUAAGAACUGAAAGUUACAGGGAUGCCAUAUUGAAAAAUUCAGAUUUAUUUAAGGACAAAACGGUUCUUGAUGUUGGUUGCGGAACAGGAAUAUUGUCAAUGUUCUCUGCUAAAGCGGGAGCUAGCUCAGUAUAUGGCAUUGAUCAAUCUGAAGUUGUUUAUAAGGCAAUGGACAUUAUUAGAGAAAAUAAUUUACAAGACACAAUUCAUCUUAUUAAAGGACAAUUAGAAAAAACUAAUUUACCUGUAGAAAGAGUAGAUAUUAUUGUCUCAGAAUGGAUGGGCUACUUUUUAUUGUUUGAGGGAAUGUUGGACAGUGUUCUUUAUGCAAGAGACACAUAUUUAACUAAGGGAGGCACAAUUGUUCCCAAUAAAUGCACAAUUAGUUUAGUGGGAAUAUCUGAUCCUGUAAGAUAUUCUAAUCUUUUGGACUUUUGGGAUGAUGUUUAUGGAUUUAGCAUGAAAUGUAUGAAGCCAGAUAUUUUACAAGAGGCUGCAAUAGAAACUGUCCCUAAAGAUAAAAUACUAACAGAGUCGGCUGUUGUAGCUGAAAUAGAUCUGAUGACUUGCUCGACAAAUGUUUGUAAUUUUAAGAAAGACUUUACUCUAACUGCUUUAAGGAAUGGAACUUUAACAUCAAUAGCUGGCUAUUUUGAUACAAUUUUUGAUCUUCCUGUAGAAGUAAAAUUUUCCACUGGACCCGAGUCGGAGAAAACUCAUUGGCAACAAACUAUAUUUUAUCUUAAGGAUCCUGUUGAACUCAAAGAAGGACAAUCAAUAAAUUGCUCAAUUUCUUGCUCCAGAUUAAAGAAAAACAUACGAGGAUUAUAUGUGAUCUUAAAUAUUGGCAGUUCAAAAUACGAAUACAUUGUUGACUAAGGUAAAAAAAAAUGAAACACAUUCAUAGAAAACCGACUUAACUGUAUUUAAAAAUAUACAAACUUAUACUACAAAAUAAUUUAUUUAGACACAAUGAGAAAGGUAUUUAAAAUCCGUUAUUCCUAAUUCUAAAUACUUGGUUCAGGGGACUGUAUGCAGUUCUUUGUGUUGUGUAGUAGGUUGCUCUCCUGUCAUAGUCUGAUUGAACAUCCGCUCUUAGAAUCACCACUCCUAAAAUAAAUGUAUUUUUGUUAAUUUCAGUAUUGUCAAUACAUUUUCAUAUCACAUAUAUUAGAUUAAUGAAAUAAACAAGAUAUCAAACAAUUUAAAUCUAUAAGUCGUUAUACAUAUACAAUGUUAUUUAAGUAAUGAUUCCAUGAUUCCAAAUAUGCCAAUUGUAUGUAUCUAAGUUAGUUUUAAAUUUUCUUUUAUAUUUUCACAGUGAUAUUAUAAAGUUAUAGCUUUGUAGUUGUGAUCGUAUAUGAUAUAUCAGUAAAAAAGAACCAAUAAAUAUGAUUUUAUAUAAAGUUA